AUGGCCCAUGCUGACGUCAGUGUUGACCAGGUCAAUGCUGACGUCAAUGUUGACCAGGUCAAUGCUGACCCGGUCAACGGUCGUCGGUCUCAGGGGGCCCACCGGUCAGUCAGCGGGUCGCACCGACAGGCUGAUUUCUGUCCCACGCCUCCGUCUCCCGUCGUUGUCUGCGGCUCCCCUGGGGCGGGCGCCGCCGCAGCCGGUUCACGGCUCCCCAGGGACGGGCGGCGCCGCCACUGGCUCGUCUCUCCCCUGGGCGGGGCGCCGCCGCCGCCGCCGUUGGUUCGCGGCUCCCUGGGUCGGGCGCUGCUUCAUCUCCACCAUGGCGCCAUCUUCGCUGCCGCUUCCCCCCUGACAGUGACUCCCAAGCGACUGUGCCCCAUCCUUGAGGUUUCUUUGGACUUUGUCAAAAGUCUGUAUGCAAAGUUCAUAGAUUGGGAUGAGGAUAUGUAUGACCUGGAAAAUGACACACCUGCCCAUGCAGCAAAUGAUCUUGUUGAUCUAAUGGAUGAAUAAUUUAAAGGUUUACAAAGAGCUUAUAUGUGUUCAGGUUGAAAUGAUCAAUGCUUGAAUUCAUAUAUUUUAUGGGCCAACAAUGGAUCAUGAAUGGAUUACAAAAUUACUAAAUCGCAUAUAGAGCCCCUUUGGCCGGUCUCCAAACGGCCCUGAGCCUCCGCCGGCUCCUUGUGGUUUUGUGAGGGGGGCGGGAGUGGAGAGAGAGAGAAAAGACUCCAGUGAACAGCUAGCUGUGCUACAGUAGCAUUGUUAGGUGGAGCCGAAGCCCAUUGGAGCCAUGGCAAAGGCACCCAUAGCAUAUCUAAUAGUACAGACAUCCUUUUCAAAAAUAUAGUACAGAGACAGCAUGUACCCUCCAUUACUAUAUAUGUACAUUUUCUCUCUAGAAUCGUGUCAUUAUGUACACAUCAUGUGAUGAGUAAUAUUAUUGUUUCCUCCCACAAUCAAUACAACUUCCAAUGAUUAUUCAAA